AUGGCGGACACGGUCACCCAACUUCAAGAUCAAGUCAAUCACAUGGCCAUGCUCAUGUUCAACUCCAUAGGAACGUUGCAAAGAGACGCACUUCCGGCUGAAAGACUCAACACGACGAACGCCUUGAGCGAUUCUAUUCCUCCUCAAAUUGAGAUUCCAAAUCAAAACAUAAAAAAAGGCGUCACGAAGGAACAGAUUGAAGAGAUGACGAAACAACUCGUCGAGAGCUCGAAAGUUAUCGACAUGUUAGCGGAGCAGCUUCCAGACGCGGAAGGUACCCCGGCAGAACAACUGAAACGAAUAGAAGAGUUACAAGAGGAGCACGAGAAAAUUUCCAAAGAGUUAAACAAAGAGUUGGAAAAAGCGAAAGAGAAACUGGACAAAGUGAACGCAGAGUUUGAACAGUUGGCAGACGCAGAGUUAAAGUUAGGAACAGACGGAGUAGGUGAAGGUGGAGGAAGUGGAGCGAAGAAGAAGAAGAGGAGCAUAAAGUAG